AGUGCAAAGCUAUUAUACAAAUAGUUUUUCGCUAGACGCCGAUCGUGUCGGACCUACAACUUUUUGUGCAAAUUUUAAAUUUUUUGAACAUUUUAAGUGCGAGCAUACGCGCUAGUUACGCAAAAGUAAUAAAACAAAGCAAAUAUGUCAACAACAGAUGUCAAUGUAAACAAUCAAACCAAAGCAGAUGCGGUCCAAUGCGCAACAGCACCAAACGCUAUGAAAGCGAGUCAAAUACCCGACUGGUUGAAGGCUGACUUAUUUGUGAAACUGCUCGAGAAAAAUGUGCCGAAUUUUAAGCAGAUCAAGAGUAUCGCUGUCAAACCCACACAAGAGGCAGGUGAUAAUUAUAGCACGAUCAUGACCUCAGUGAAAUUGGAAGUUGAGUUGAAGACUGGCGCAACAAAACUCGUCUCGUACAUGUUAAAAUUACCCAUAGAAUGGGUACAAAAGCUUUUGAAGGGCACCAAUGUGUUCGAUGUGGAAACGAGCAUGUAUCGCGAUGUCAUACCAGAGCUGGAGAAACUCUACAGAGACGCUGGUGUUGAAGUGAAAUUCGGACCACAAUAUUAUGAAUUGGAAACCCCCUCCGAAUUCGGUGUCAUACUCAUGGAAGAUCUGUGUCUGCGUGGCUAUAAAAAUGUUAAACGCUUAGAUGGCUUGGACCAAGAACACACCGAAAUGGCGCUGAAAAAGUUGGCGCAAUGGCAUGCUGCAACUGCCGUACGCGUAGCUGUCAAAGGUGAUUAUCCGAAGGUGGUAAGCGCCGGUAUAUUUACCGAAGAAUUCAUCGUAAUGAUGAAAGAUAUGAAUGAGCAAUCCUCAAAAGUAUUCAACGAGUGUGCGCGUACAUUUAAGGGGCAUGAAGUCUACAUAGAUGAUUUGGAAAAAUGUCAAGCCAGAGUAUUCGAAAAAUUCCGCUCCAUGUUGCAUGCCGAUCCCAAUGAGUUCAAUGUGCUCAAUCAUGGCGAUUUCUGGGCCAACAAUAUAAUGUUUCAAUAUGACGCUGCUGGCAAGCUCAAGGAAACAUGUUUCGUCGAUUUCCAGUGUUCACGUUAUGGCUCACCGGUGCAUGACCUGUAUAAUAUUCUUCUAUCAUCAACAUGUUUUGAGAUCAAGCUCAAACAUUUUGAUUACUUCGUUAAAUAUUAUCAUGACAAUUUAGCUGAAAACUUGAAGUUACUGAAAUAUCCGAAGAAACUACCCACAUUAAAGGAUAUUCAUAUAGCGCUAUACAGACAUGGUGUUUUUGGUUUAUCCGCGGCUCACGGUCAUAUGGCCAUUGUGCUACUCGAACCAACCCCUGACGCGACCAUUGAGAAUCUAUUGGGCAGUUCACCAGAAAGUGUAGACUUUAAAAAGUUAAUGUACACAAGCGAGCGUUAUCGUAAACACGCUGAAGCAGUCUUGCCAUGGCUAUAUUAUCGCGGUGCUUUUGAAUAAAAAAAAAAACUAACGGUAUUAAAAUGCAAAUCUACAAACAUUCACAUUUCUAUUUUAUCAGUACUUUUGUUAUAAAUGUACAUUCGAAAUAUAUGCUCAAUACGACGUGUAUGACUAAUUGCAAUUUACUUUACGAGCAGCAAUUAGUGUGAUGUGAAGAGCUUUUGCCUCCAUAAAAAAUUGUGUUUGACUGUGCAUUGCGACUACUGAAUGACCGAGCGAAUUGUGUUAGAAUUGAGUGUGAAUAAUUUUGCAAUGGGAUUAUAUGUAUGUAUGUAUGUACAUAUGUUUACAUAGCUAUAUGCAUGUUGAGCAAAUGAAGCAACAACGUUUCAGCAACAACGCUCUACUCAUGUCUUUCUUUUUUUAUACUUCUAAUAAAAAAUAAUCAAGUGUGUUUAUCAUUUUAUAUUAUA